UGCCCCUGAUUGCUCGGCCCGACUGCCUCGAUCGAUUUCUCUGCCCAGAUCGAGCAUCCCGUUCCCGAUUGGAAGUUCUGAUCUCUGCUAAAAAAAAUGUCUGCUGCAUCGGGCUAUGUAGCUGUCCCUCGCUGUCCGGUGAUCUUCGAUGGUACUAACUACACCGAGUUCGCUGGCUUCAUGCGCAUUCACAUGCGUGGCAUUCGUCUCUGGGGUGUUCUUUCUGGUGAGGUCUGCUGUCCGCCACGUCCGGUUCCUCCAGUGGCCCCUACUCCGCCGACUCCACUGGUUCUCCCUACGGACGCUAAUCAGGUCGCCAAGGAUGUGGCUAAGCUUGCUGAUGAGGCUGCUGAUCGUGCCUAUGAUGAGAGGGUUUUGGCCUAUGAGGAGGCUCUUCAGACGUAUCAUGGUGCUUUGUCUGUUUACACCCAGUGGCUUGAUAAUGAUGCUCGUGCUGCAGCUGUUCUCACUGCUAGUGUUCUGCCUUAGUUUGCUUCUGAGUUUCUGGGUCUUCCUACUGUCUUUCAGAUGUGGACCUGUCUUCGUCAGCGCUAUGAGCCCUCUGGUGAUGCCUUAUACCUUUCUGUGGUUCGUCAGGAGCAUGCUCUUCAGCAGGGUGACUCUACUGUUGAUGACUUUUAUGCACAGAGUUCUGCUAUCUGGCGCCAGCUUGAUUCUCUCCGCGGUGCUGGUUGUCGUACUUACCCCUGCUGCCAGGCUGUCCAGGCCAAUUUAGAGUUUCAUCGCGUCUACGAGUUCCUGUCUCGGCUCCGUAAGGAGUUUGAAACCCGGCGUGCUCAGUUGUUUGCUCGUGGCCGUAUUUCUCUCAUGGAGGCGCUUUCGGAGAUUCGUGAUGAGGAGACUCGCUUACGUGGUGCUGGUUUGCUGGAGGUUCCCUCUGUGCUCGCUACUCGGGCUUCUUCCACUCCACCCGCUGCACCAACUCAUUCUCGCUCCAGUGCUCCGCCGCUCUUGCCCACUCCUUCUGGAGGCUCAGGUCGCCCCCGUCCACAUUGUGACUACUGCAACAAUGAUGGUCAUAUUGAGUCCCAGUGCUACACAAAGCGGAAACACCUGCGCAAGGCGCGAUCACCAUCCUCAGGGACUUCGUCAUCUCCCUCGACAGCUUCAGCCAUUGCUUUGACUGAGCAGGAUAUUCUGAGACUUAAGCGUCUGCUCGCGGCUUCAGGUUCUUCCUCGACGGGUACUGCUGGUUCUGUGACUGAUGCUUCCCGCACUGCGCAACCGCCCUCUACACAGUCAGGACCGUCGCACGCACACUCUGGUUGGGGCUGGCCCUCGCCGCCGUGAUUCUCAGGGUCUUUGGGAGUUGGACUGGCUUCAUGUUCCUUCCGCUGCCACCACCAUCGCCAGUUCCUCCGCUUCUGUCGCCUCUGUUACUGGUUCCUUCAAGCAGUGGCACCAUCGACUUGGUCAUCUGUGUGGUUCUCGGUUGUCGUCUUUAGUUCGUCGAGGUCUUCUGGGGUCUGUCUCAGGAGAUGUCUCUUUAGAGUGUCAGGGUUGUCGUCUUGGCAAGCAGAUUCAGUUACCAUAUUCACAUAGUGAGUCAGUGUCUAAGCGUCCUUUCGAUUUAGUCCAUUCUGAUGUAUGGGAUCCGGCUCCUUUUGCUUCGAAAGGUGGUCAUAAAUACUAUAUUAUUUUCAUAGAUGAUUUCUCUCGUUACACAUGGCUUUAUUUCAUGACUUCUCGUAGUGAGGUGUUGUCUAUUUAUAAGCGUUUUGCUGCCAUGGUUCAUAUUCAGUUUUCUUCACCCAUUCGUGUUUUUCGUGCUGACUCCGCUGGCGAGUAUAUCUCUAAGAUGUUGCGUGGUGUCCUUGCUGAGCAUGGUACUCUUGCCC